CAGUGUCACUAUAUUUGUCAUGUGCCUAUGAAAUGAAGAAUCUCGACCCAGCUAAUGAAAUUACAAAUUAUGUAAACGAAACCCCUUAUAAUAUUGAUGACUGGGUGAGAGAUCUUCAAUUGGAAACGUGUGCUUUAGUAGCCAUCGGUCUCAAAUAUUUUGCAAUAUUUCUUGAAGACGUUGCGAAUUCUGAUAGCACCAAUAAAAGAUCAAAGAACUAUUUCCUAGGAAUAUGUCAACAGAACAUUUUAGAGAAAUGGACGUUUUGCUCCGAACAACUUUCGAAAAAAAAGAAACAUAAAUGUAAAUUCAAAUUGGGAACGGAUAGGUAUCAAGGAAGAGUUCAUAGGAGAUUUUGUGAUGUUAGGAUUAUGAUAGGCAACAAAGAUUGUUCAUGUGAACAAACCAUUUUUGGAGAUGAAAUGUAUAAGGUUCGAGGUUUCCCAACUUGUUACAUUUCGCCGUUACCGAGUACAUUAUGCAAAUAUAACGUUUGUGGAGUUUCCCAAUGCACAGCGAAGUCGGUGGAAAACACGGUGCACACGGUGGAAUGUGAUUCGAAGUGCAGAGGCGGAAACCCGUUGUGAUCCAGAUUCAGGAAACUGCACAUGCCGGACAUUUGAAGAACAGGGAGUAUUGAAAGUGGAGAGAAUCAUUCAUCAGAAUACUGAAGGAGUCCAUUACAGUCAAAAAACUGGAGGAAACAUAAGACAUAUUGUUCGAUACAAAAAAGAUGUAGAUGAUGACGACAUAGAGGAUGACAAUGGAGGUGAAGAUGAUAUAGACGAAGACAUAAUACUGGAGGAUAUAAAAGAAAAAGAAGAAGAACCAACUGCAACUAUCAACGACCUCGACAAAGAUGAAAUGUUAGAUGAAUUCAAUAAAGAGACAGAGAAAGAGCUGAAAAUUAUAUCCAAGAACAAUACUGUGGAUAGGCCAAUGAAUAGAAAUGGAUACUCACACAAUCAUAUUGGACUAAAACAGUUAUCAAUACUAACUUAUGUAUUGUGA